CGCGUACACUCGCGUCACAUAAACAAUAGUUCUGUAGUCGAUGGUCGCCCGGUCCGUGUCGCUCCGGUUCGUUUGGGUUCGGAUCCGAUGGCGGGGCGGGGGCUGGUGUGUCUCCUGACAUUAAUCGCCCUCACCUUGUUGAGGGGCACCGUCUUCGCCUCAAAAGAGGACGUUGUAUUCAGCGGUAGCAGUUCUGUUGUUUCGGAAGCAAUCAACGAAUUCAACCUUUUUAAAAAGCUGUUCAGCUGGAGCUAUAAGCCCGGUACUGAUGAAUAUUAUCGCAGGAUUAUUAACGUGGAGAAAAGCCUCCUACGGUGUGCAUCUCUGAACAAUCACAAUGCCUCAGACAGCUCCUCUGCAAAAUACGGAAUAAACCAGUUUUCGGUUUUAUCGCCAGAGGAAUUCAGAGACCGAUACCUGACCACUUUCCCGGAGAAGGUGCCGGAGUACCCAGCAUCAGAGACCGCAAGAGGCGCCUCAGCCAAACUGCCUACGAAAUUUGACUGGAGAGAGAAGAAUGUUGUCACUCCAGUUGAAAACCAAGAAUCAUGUGGAGGCUGCUGGGCGUUCAGCGUGGUCGGGAUCAUCGAGUCUGUCUACGCGCUGCAGGGCCACCCUCUCCGGCAGCUGAGUGUGCAGCAGGUCAUCGAUUGCUCAUAUAAAAACCAGGGCUGCAAUGGUGGCUCCACUGUCAGGACCCUCAGCUGGCUGAAACAGACACAGGAGAAAUUAGUCCGUCAAGCCGAGUACCCGUUUAAAGCUGAAACAGGAGUCUGUCGCAUUUUCCCUCUGUCAGAAUUUGGAGUUUCUGUUAAGGACUUUGCAGCUUAUGACUUCAGUGGAAACGAGGAGGUGAUGAUGCAGAAGCUGCUGGAGUGGGGUCCCCUAGCUGUAACAGUGGAUGCUGUCAGCUGGCAAGACUACCUUGGGGGCAUAAUCCAGCACCACUGCCCCAGCCAGCGGGCCAACCAUGCCGUCCUCAUCACCGGAUAUGAUGCCACAGGUGAGGUUCCCUACUGGAUUGUGCGUAACUCUUGGGGAACAUCAUGGGGAAACCAGGGUUACGUUUAUAUCAAGAUGGGAGGCAACGUAUGUGGUGUCGCCGAUGCAGUGGCUGCUGUUUUUGUGUGAUUAUCCUGCAUACUCAGAAAAUGUGGUAUUCUCAUAGUUUCAUAGUGCCUUGUAAUCGUAGCGCUUCAUAGAUAGGAGUGUGACCUGUGGACAGCUAAGGCUACAUGACAUCGCUCCCUGCACUUCACCAUCUACCACAAAUGUUGUUCCUGCUGUCCGUUUUUGCCCUGAGACACACAGUGACUUUCUGCACUGACAGUCACAACACUGGUAAAUAUAGUAAUUUUAAACUCCCUUUAUGGCUAGAACAAUAUGUUCUAUGUAGUGGAUGACAAAAGCAUUUCAAAGACACACGGGUCGCCAAGGCUGUUAUUCACUGGUUAUGUUUCAAAAUGAAAUUUACCGUACAUAUUUCAGAUGCUGAGUAGAAAUGCAAGUUAAUUAUAUUUAAAUAAUUACAUUUUCUUGUCUUACAAAAUGAUACAUUUUUAUUCUGAAAUAUUUUUGUACAGUUUAAUUGCUUCACGAACGUCUCAAUAAAAAUAAACUCCUUUUGUUAUACAA